AUGAUUUUUUUGGGUGCUUCCGAACAUUCUCAAAGCGAUGGAACGCCGAAGAUAUACUCGUUUGGUGAUAGAAAAGGGUAUGCCUAUCUUUUUGAAACGGUCUGUACCUCUAACUCGUUAUUGUUUUAAAAAAUUGUACAGCCUAUAAAACGUGUAAAAAAGGCUAAAUAUAUUUUUUGCUAGAGUUUGAUCUUGCUCACCAAAGCCUUAAACCAAUUCACUCCGACAUCUCCAAUUCACUUUUUUCUAAUUGGUGCCAAGUAUAAUAUCAGAGUUUUCGGCCCGGUACGGGCGUAAUUUUGCUCCAUAAAAUACGAAACUUGCCGCGAUAAAAUCUCAUUCUGUGAUCUUUCGAAUGGUAUAGGUUUUGUCAAUUCACUCCAACACCUCCAAUUCACUUUGAUUAGCCCGUCGAUUGGAAUUAAUCAGGGAUUCCUCCAGGCCCCACAACUCCAAAAUCAAAUGUCCGCCGGAUUUCUGGCCGAAGAUUCAGUCCAAAAACAGAUGGCCGAUAAUGUCGCCCAGAAAUUGUUCGGAGCGAUUGUUCGCGAGAAAACGGAGCAAUUGCAGAACGAGGCCUCCCACAAAGAACCCAUCAGCACUCAGGCAGCGCCGAUGGCCCCGGCGAAGGUGGAGGAAUUGGCCAAGAAAUUGACCCAACAUUACCGUAAUCAAGGAGUAGACGCGGAAUUGCUCGUUAUCGAGCAGCCGGAGAACCCGGAAAGCCAAACCCAAGCCGCAAUGCCCGCCAAGUCCAUCGAAGAGGUGUUGGAGAAGGAAGCCAUGAUCCCAUUAACAAGACGAUGA